AUGCCUCCCAAAGCCAGCACAGGUGACCUCCACGUUGAGAAGCUCUUUUCUGUCAAAGACUAUGUUUGCGUGAUCAGUGGAGGCGGGUCUGGGAUCGGAUUGAUGGCUGCCCAGGCACUCGCAGCAAACGGCGCCAAGGUAUACAUUACCGGCCGUCGCAAGGAAGCUCUCGAGACUGCUGCCAAGUCACACAACCCCGACCAGGGUGGCGAGAUUAUACCUCUCUCACCGUGCGACGUGACCAAAAAGGACGACCUGGAGCGCAUGUACCAGGAGCUGGCAUCCAAGGAGAAGUACAUCAACCUGUUCAUCGCCUCGGCUGGCGUUUCUGGCGAGAAGGGAAUCCCGGACGCGGAAAAGGCGACUGACAUGAAGAAGAAGCUGUUUGACAACGAGACGUUUGAGGGCUGGGCCGAGACAUACAACACCGAUGUGACUGCCGUGUACUUCUCGACGGUUGUCCUAUUGCCGCUGUUGCAAGCUGGCACCGAAACACAUGGCCACCUCUCUGCGUCAGUCAUUGUUAUCAGCUCCAUGUCGGGCAUCAUGAAAGAUGCACAGGGCCACUUCAGCUACAACGCGGCCAAGGGCGGUACGGUGCACUUGAGCAAGCUCAUGUCGGCCGAGUUCCAGAAGCUCCGCAUCCGCGUGAACAGCAUUGCGCCUGGGUAUUUCCCCUCUGAGAUGACGGCCAAGGAGAGUGACGAGCACCAGAAGAGCGAUCUGCCAGACGAGAAGAUCCAGGAGAAGGGCCAUGUCCCACACGGACGGGCGGGCAGCGACGCGGAGAUGGCGCAGGCGGUCAUCUUCCUGACCAAGAACUCGUAUGUCAAUGGGCAGAUUCUGGCGGUUGACGGUGGUGUGCUCAAUGUUGUGAGCUCGUAA